CUGUUGUUUGCUGACAUUUUUUUGUCUUCAGGAUUAAGUGCAUUGGAAAAUGUCCAAAAGAGUUAAAGAUUCACCUAUGGGUAACAGUGAGAAGAAGAAAAGGAAGCAUCUGUCUUUAUCAAUAGCUCAGAAAGUAGAGUUAUUGCAGAAGCUUGAUGCUGGUUUGUCUGUGAAGCAUCUUACUGAAGAGUAUGGUGUAGGAACCACCACUGUAUAUGAUUUAAAGAAACAGAAAGAUAAGUUGCUAAAAUUUUACAGUGACAGUGAUAACCAAGAACUAAUGAAAAAUAGGAAAACAUUGCAUAGAGCCAAAAAUGAAGAUCUUGACCGUGUGCUGAUUGAAUGGAUUCGACAACGAAGAAGUAAAGAUAUGCCACUGACUGGUUUAUUGGUCAUGAAACAAGCCAGAAUAUACCAUGAAGAACUGAACAUUGAAAGUGAAUGUGAAUAUUCAGAAGGCUGGCUGCAAAAAUUUAAAAAGCGCCAUGGAAUCAAGUAUCUUAAAAUGUAUGGUGAAAAAGCCUCCGCUGAUCAUGAAUCUGCUGAAAAUUACAUUGAUGAAUUUGCUAAGAUAAUAUCUGAUGAAAACCUUAGCCCUGAACAAAUUUACAAUGCUGAUGAAACAGCUCUCUACUGGUGCUAUGUUCCUAGAAAAACCUUAACCAUGGCUAAUGAAAAGACACUAACAGAUUUCAAGGAUGCCAAGCAAAAGUUAACUGUUCUAGGGUGUGCUAAUGCUGCAGGCACACACAAGAUAAAAUUGGCAGUGAUUGGAAAAAGCCUAUAUCCAAAAUGUUUAAAAGAUGUCAGUACUUUACCUGUGCAUUAUUAUGCAAACAAGAAAGCAUCAGUAACAAGAGAAAUCUUUUCUGACUGGUUCAAUAAGUACUUUGUACCAGCAGCACGGGCUCAUUGCAAGCAAGCUGGACUAGAAAACAAUUGCAAAAUUUUGCUGUUCCUAGACAAUUGUUCUGCACAUCCCCCUCCAGAGCUUUUUGUGAAAAGUAAUGUCUUUAGCAUUUACCUUCCCCACAAUGUGACAUCUGUAAUACAGCCUUGUAACCAAGGAAUUCUACGCUCCAUGAAGAGCAAGUAUAAACACUUUUUUUUGAACAGUAUGCUUGCUUCGGUUAACAGAGGCCUGAAAAUACAGGACUUCCUUAAAGAGUUUAGUCUUAAAGAUGCCAUCUAUGCAGUUGCUAAUGCUUGGAAUGAUGUUGACAAGUCAACAUUAACAAGUGCUUGGCACAGACUUUGGGCUACAAUGAUGUUUGAAAAUGACCUUGCUGAUGAGGAUUUUGAAGAAUUUAGCGACUCUAAUGAGAAGAUGAUGAUAUCAAAACUCAUUACAUAUGCCAAAAGUUUAUCAGCCGAAAGUGUAAAUAAGUUAGAAGAAGCUGACAUUGAAGAAAUGCUGAACAUUGACAAUGAUGCACCUGUUGUGCAUCCUUUGAAUGAAGGUAAAAUUUCUACCAUGGACUUAAGUACAGAUCAGUAUGAAGAUAGUAGCAGUAACGAUGAUGACAUGAGGACUGGUCAGAAAAUCUCUAUAGAACAAAUGGUGAAAAUGUGUGACAAGUUAAUUGCUGGCCUUGAACAAUGUGCAUUUAUCAGUGAGCAAGAGAUUAUGGCAAUUUACUCAAUUAGAGAAAAACUGCUGAGACAGAAACCUGUGUUAAGGAAACAAUCAACACUGGGUAGUCUUUUAAAAGUCUCUCAGUAG